CCUGCGCACUGCGCGCGCCCCUCCCCCGCAGCUUGGCGCAGCCCCGACCAGGCGCGAGCAGCGGGAGGAGGAGCUGCGGCGGUGGCCACCGGGUAGGUCCGCGGCACCGCGGGAAGCUGCCGUCGGCGCGGGCUGUUGCUGGUCCCCGCGUGGAAGAGGCACGGGCGACCCGGGAGUCAUGGAGCCUAGUGACGCUGCGCGCCCGGGUCCGGGGAGAGGUGUUCGGGGGCUGUCGCCACGACUGCUGCUGCUGCCACUGUUGCCCGUGCUGCUGGGUCGGGGGCUGCGGGCUGGGGCCGCGGCCUCCUCUGGGGCGGCGGCUGAGGACAGCAGCGCCAUGGAGGAGCUUGCCACCGAGAAGGAGGCGGAGGAGAGCCACCGGCAGGACAGCGUGAGCCUGCUCACCUUCAUCCUGCUGCUCACCCUCACCAUCCUCACCAUCUGGCUUUUCAAGCACCGCCGGGUGCGUUUCCUUCAUGAGACUGGGCUGGCCAUGAUCUAUGGACUCAUUGUUGGAGUGAUCCUGAGGUAUGGAACCCCUGCUACCAGCGGUCAUGACAAGUCACUCAGCUGUACUCAGGAAGACAGAGCCUUUAGCACUUUAUUAGUGAAUGUCAGUGGGAAGUUCUUUGAAUACACUUUGAAAGGAGAAAUCAGCCCUGGCAAGAUCAACAACGUGGAGCAGAAUGACAUGCUGCGGAAGGUAACAUUUGAUCCAGAGGUAUUUUUCAACAUUCUGCUGCCUCCAAUUAUUUUCCAUGCUGGAUACAGCUUAAAGAAGAGACACUUUUUCAGAAAUCUUGGAUCGAUUCUGGCCUAUGCCUUCUUGGGGACUGCUGUUUCUUGCUUCAUUAUUGGAAAUCUUAUGUAUGGAGUGGUGAAACUCAUGAAGAUUGUGGGCCAGCUCUCUGAUAAAUUUUACUACACAGAUUGUCUCUUUUUUGGAGCAAUUAUUUCUGCCACUGACCCAGUGACUGUGCUGGCAAUCUUUAAUGAACUGCAUGCAGAUGUGGAUCUUUAUGCUCUUCUGUUUGGCGAGAGUGUCCUGAAUGAUGCAGUUGCCAUUGUACUCUCCUCGUCUAUUGUUGCCUAUCAACCAGCAGGACUAAACACUCACGCGUUUGAUGCGGCUGCCUUUUUUAAGUCAGUUGGCAUUUUCCUAGGUAUAUUUAGUGGCUCUUUUACCAUGGGAGCUGCAACUGGUGUUAGCUGCUGUCCUUAACCUGGUGCUGACGUGACCAAGUUUACAAAGCUGCAAUGCUUCCCCCUGCUGGAGACAGCACUUUUUUUCCUGAUGUCUUGGAGCACCUUUCUCCUGGCUGAAGCCUGUGGGUUUACAGGUGUUGUAGCUGUCCUUUUCUGUGGGAUCACACAAGCUCAUUACACAUAUAACAACCUGUCGGUAGAGUCUCGAAGUCGAAGCAAGCAGCUUUUUGAGGUGUUACACUUCCUGGCAGAGAACUUCAUCUUUUCCUACAUGGGCCUGGCUCUGUUCACCUUCCAGAAGCACGUUUUCAGCCCCAUUUUCAUCAUUGGCGCUUUUGUUGCCAUCUUCCUGGGCAGAGCUGCACAUAUCUACCCACUCUCCUUCUUCCUCAACUUGGGCAGAAGGCAUAAGAUUGGCUGGAAUUUUCAACACAUGAUGAUGUUUUCAGGCCUGAGAGGAGCGAUGGCGUUUGCGCUGGCCAUCCGGGACACGGCAUCCUAUGCCCGCCAGAUGAUGUUCACAACCACGCUGCUCAUUGUCUUCUUCACUGUGUGGGUCAUUGGUGGCGGCACAACACCCAUGCUGUCAUGGCUCAAUAUAAGAGUUGGUGUGGAGGAGCUCUCUGAAGAGGACCAGAAUGAGCACCGAUGGCUGUACUUCAGAGUUGGUGUUGACCCAGAUCAAGACCCGCCACCUAACAAUGACAGCUUUCAAGUCUUACAAGGGGAUGGCCUGGAUUCUGUUGGAGGAAGCCGGACAAAGCAGGAAAGUGCAUGGAUAUUCAGGCUGUGGUACAGCUUUGAUCAUAAUUACUUAAAGCCCAUUCUCACCCAUAGUGGUCCCCCGCUAACCACGACUCUUCCAGCCUGGUGUGGCUUGCUAGCUCGAUGUCUGACCAGUCCUCAGGUGUAUGAUAAUCAAGAGCCACUGAGAGAAGAUGACUCUGAUUUCAUCCUGACGGAAGGUGACCUCACCUUGACCUAUGGAGAUAGCACCGUGACAGCCAAUGGCUCCUCAAGCUCCUACACAGCCUCCACAAGUCUCGAGUGUGGUCGGAGAACAAAAAGCAGCUCUGAGGAAGUGCUUGAGGGAGACCUGGGAAUGGGAGACCAGAAGGUUUCCAGCCGGGGAACCCCCCUCGUGUUUCCACUGCAGGAAAAUGCAUGACUUACCUGUAAAUCCUGAGGGAUCAGGGAGGCUCUCAUAAGGGUGAGGAUGGCCAAAUGCCCCAGUGUGUGGUGUGUUGCAUUGAUCAUGUUAAAACUAAUGCUUCUGUCUCAAUGGGGCCUGAAACUAUCUUACCACUCAAAACUUAACCCAAGACUCAGAUGGUAAAGCUGACGUGUCUCUAAAUUAAAGACAAAUGCAGACCUAUUCCCACUUUUUCACAUAGUAGUACACUGUUUCAGAGUUGAACAAAACAACAGCAUGCUUUAAUGGUCUUUCUCUUCAUCCUCCUGUAGCAUCUGAGCAUGGUGGGGCUGAUAAGGGGCUUCAUCACUUUGCUAUAGUGCCAGGCUAGCUGGCUCAAGAAACAUCAAGUUGGGAGAACAAGUUAGACAAAUGACAGUGAAGAAAAGAAACUGAGAUCAGAAUUCCAAUGGUGCCAGAUGCUGGCCUUGCACCAGACGGUGGAGCCUCUGGCUCUGAAGACUUACACAGCUACAUCCUCCUGUCGCAGUCUUGCCUGUUUUACUUGUGUUUUCCUAGACUGAGGAUUAGGAAGUGUGUCCAUAGGCUGGGGCCUUAGCUCAGUGGGAGAGCACUAGAGUUCUUGCCUACAGCUCACCAGACCCUAGGUUCUGACCCCAGCACUGCAGAAAGUAUGUGUGUGUGCACAGGGGUUUCCAAGAGCAUUUCAAUAUGGGAGGUGGGGGAAGUCUAGUUCCUUCUCUUGGAAUCUCUGUAAAAGAGUUACUGAAAUGUUUAAAGCCAAAGGCAAAUCAUGUUCUGUUCUGAUUUAAUUAAACUGAGGGCAGGGGGUACUGGGAAACUGCUGAGGAGAUCACGGCAGCACUCACUUGACUUUUGAGGCUUCUGUGUAAGCCCACUGCUUAUUUGAGACAUCUUCAUUUCCUAGGUAUACUAAGAGCUAUUUUUGCUUUCUGCCAUCAGACCUGGAACUAUCCCAUUCAUCCAGUCUCCAUCAUUGGGAGAUCUGAUGACUCAUUAUAGCAAUGAAACUCUUAGAACAGCUGCUGUGAUACAAACAUCUCCAUCAAGGCCCCAGAGCUGCACAGUCAGUACCGCCUUCUGCAGUCCUAUAAGCAGCACAGGCACCAAAUGAAACAGUACACGCUGGAGCCGCCUGCUUCUCUAGCACUGUGGACCUCUACUCUGCCAGAUGAGGUCAGCUGUGCUCCAUAGAAGUCUUAAGACCUAUAAAGACCUUCAGAUAUUGAACUGAUGCAUACAUGCACUAUUGGUUGCUACAGGAGGAAAAGGACCAAGUAAUGGAAUAUAACCUGGUAGAAAAUUCUGUCUUCUAAAAGUUUAGAAACUCGUGUGUCUUUAUGCUGAGUGCCAUGCGAGGAGAGGCCAUUUUCUUGGUAGAGAGGCUACUGUAGCCCCCCCCCCCUUUUUUUUCAUAUGGACAUGGUUUGAAAUGUAGCAUUUUAGUUUAAAAUUCUUUCUGGAUGAACUGUCAUACAUUACCUACUCUUAAAGUAGGUAACGUAUUGAGAGAAAUCUUGCAAAGAGUUUCAUCCCAUGUCUUACAGUGCUAGCAGUUUUGGUAGCCCAGUUUCUAAAAGAUGCUUUUAUAACAUGGUGUGGUUUUCCUUGUUGCAUACAGAAAAGAAUAGUGUCCAGCAAGCACUAGGGCAUCACUAAUGACGUAGCCUAUCUAACUCUCUUAUCAGCCCAGUUUUAGCAUUCUCCUAUUGUGUUUCUCUGAAAGGGUCUUAUACUCUUCAUUACGUUGACAUAGUAAAAUGAAAGCAUUGGUAUUUGCCAAGACAAAAAGAAAACUAGGAGUUUGAUUAUUUGAGUCUUUGUUCAGUGAAUGAAAGUGAAUUAUUUUGAAACAUGGUCCUGAUCCUUGCUUACAAAAUGUGGAGACUCACCCUGACUUUCCAAGAGUCCCUCAAAGGUGAAGCUACUUGUAGAAGAGGUUCUACACUUAAGUGUUUUCCCUGUAUUGCAUGAAGAAAAGUGGGAUGCCACAAAGCCCAGAAACUGCCUACUUUGAAGCCAGCUGUCUGGAACCAGACUGGAAUUGCUAGGUAAUGGUCAGGUUUGUCUGAGAAAGUUACCCAAGGCAUCCUUGACACCUGUUCAUCCUGAGUUGAGGGAGAUGACAGUUAAUGGAAUGCAGAAGGGUUGAGAGCCUUUUGGAUAAAGUUUAUAAAGAAUCCUGCUUGAAAGCAAGCUUAGUUGAAGGAAUGUCCUACUAAGUGAUUGUUUAUUUUGUAAUUGUUACUGACAAAAUAAACCUGACUUCUAAUGCAGACUAGGCCACUGUAGAACUUUUGUUCAAGGUUGUCUUCGAUAUGAAAAUAGGAGAGAGAAGGGUGAGCACCCUGGGUUGGACCCUCUACCCCUCCACAUGCCUUGUGGUUCUAUAGACAAAUAAGAUCUCUUUUGAGGAAAAAAAACGUUAUCUCAGCUGUAAGUGAGCAAUUCCAUCCAGGGCAAAGAUCUGCCUCAUAUUGCUCCAGCAUAGCUUUUCUUUUGCCUUGUCUCCAGUGGUCGUGAAUGUAAUCAUGCCAUAUAUUUAAUAUGAACCACUGGUUCCCAGCUACAGAGACACCACUGAGAUCAGAAGACAAUUGUGCAACUCACCAGCGGGGCAGACUGUUCUCCUGUAAUCUACCUUAUUCUCAGUAUGAGUUGGAAGAGAAUAAAAGUAGUCAAGAGCUGACAGCACCAUCUAUCUAAAAUGUCAUCUGCAGGGAGGGCUACUAGGGUCCCCCUAGCUGAGCUGAUAGUUAUAGCUGGCGGCAGGGCACAUGGGUUUGACAGUCUCACACCUGCCUUUUGAUGAUGACUCAAUUAAGGUGGGGCAGGCCGGCCUGUAUGUUCAAUGAGAGCUCUUUUGUUGCUUUUAAGUGAGACUCUGGCUUGCUAGCAUCAGCUGCUCUUUUCUGAUGUGGUAAGUUGAAUCUAGUAGCCAAGAGUUGACUUUAGAAACAACAAACAACACAUCUGAAUGCUGCCUUUAUCUCUUUGAUACCUAAAAUGACCCCCCCCUUAAAAUCUAGUUUGAACAAUCCAUAGAGGAGUAUCAUAGGAAUGAGUGUGCUUAUGUCAAACCAUAAAACCAUUCUUUGACAAUACUUUUAAAACAGGACCUAAACACAAAAUUUUUCCCACUUCAAUUUUCAUAGACAUUUAUUAAAUUAGAAGAUACCAAUUUCUGAAGAUUGCCAUUUGCUGACAAAUUGUGAAGAGCAAAAUCAAUUUUUAAAUGUUCAUUUUAUUCUCCUAAGCAGGGUAUGCUAUAGAUGUUGCCCAUUUUGAACAUGUGGGCAGUCAUAUUUUGUCCACCCAAGCAUUUGGGAGCAUUACAAGGAGGGUCUGUCCACUGUGCUGCUUUUUGAGAAGGCCUGAAGUAGAGAUGAGAAUACACAGCACAGGACACCAUCUUCUCACAUCACCAUUAGAAGGACACAAGAGAAUAUUUAAAUGUCCCAGUCCACCUUCAACUCUUGGCCAGUGGAAAUUUUUCUGGAUCUCUGUACGCUGACAAAACAAAACAACAAAACAAAACAAAAAAUCCCCCUGAAACUGAAAAGGAAGCAGAGACUUGCAUGAAGCACUGAAGGUUUGUGGUUGAAAGCACUUUCUGAAACCAACUUUCCUGGUGUUCAUGGAUAACAACCUGUGUGGGUGUCUGGGGUCUGAAUGUGAUGAUUCUAUUUGCAGGCCUUGAAGGGACAGAGGAUGCUUUUCUGUUUUGUGGGUAGUCAGUGUGGAUGUGUAAGUUAAAUGAAAGCACUCAUUCAAAGUGUAACUUCACAGUAGGACCAUUGCCUCCUAGGUUUUCUUUACUUUUUUAACCUAAAGCCACCUAAUCCUCCUUUGUUGGGCACGUUUUACUAUGCCCACUAAAAUAAUUAAACGAGAAGACCAUAAAGAUUCAUUGACUAUCUGGAAAGAAAUUUCCUAUAGUAGAAUAGGGAGAAUUUAAUGUGCAAUGAUGGGACUUUCUGGGGGAACUUUUUAUAGAGAGCUGACAUAGUAUUUGGGGAGAACUUUUAUAGAAGAUAACAAAGUGUGUUUUAACUGUGAAAAUUAAUGAUGCGGAAUUAUCUGCAACCUUUAUGUGCAAUAGGGAAAUUGCAGCAAGAGCCUUGCUGUGCUCGCCGCCCCUCACCGUUUACUCUCGCCUUCCUGGAGCUGUUUAGAUUGUAGAGCUAGCCUCAUGUUUCCUGUCCUUUACUGAUACUUAACAUGUUUUUCUCUAAGCAUUUUUUUUUUUUACAAAAUUCAAAAUAAAAAGAUUAACUGGCUGA